AUGUCGGGAGCAGCAGAUGAGGUGCUGCAGCAAACGGUGGUUUACGGGGCUGCUGCUGUUUUGCUGCUGUCCCCAAAGCUGCCGCAGCUGCUGCCGCAGCGCCAGGCGAAGCUCGUAGCUUAUAUAAGGACUCCAGUUCUGACUGCCAUUUUGAUGUACUUGGCCUAUCUGCCUGUGGCGACUCCUCGGAAUAAUUUUUACUCCAUUUUGGAAGUGGAUGUGCAUGCGACAAAAAAUGAUAUUCUCCAGGGUUACCGGAACGUGUCGAAGAAGUACCACCCGGACCGCGUGGCCUCUUCGGGUGUACAUCCACCUCAAGCAGCAAACUUUUCUCCCGAAGAUUAUUUUUUGGAAUUAAAAAAAGCUCAAGAGGUUUUGACCCACGACAUUCGCAAGAGUUUCUACGACAGAUUCGGAGACCUCAAGCAGGGCCAGUUUAGG